GCUUGACAAACGGUGCGCAUGCGUACACACCAAUCAGCUGACGGGCAUGAUUCAGUAAGCAGGAAGCUGACAGCUGAGAGAAUCUACAGAACCGAGGUGGAACUUCUAAUGCUUCAACAUGUCUUACCAAUCAGGGACAGAUAGUGAUGCAAACCGCCUUGCGCAGACCAUAGGUUCAAACAUUCAGAAGAUUACACAGCACACUGCUGAAAUCCAAAGGAUUGUAAACCAGCUUGGAACACCACAGGACAGCGCAGAACUGCGGCAACAGCUCCUACAGAAACAGCAGAAUGCUAAUCGGCUAGCCAAAGAAACAGACAGGUAUAUGAAAGAGUUUGGAUCACUUCCACCGAGAGCAGAACAGCGCCAAAGAAAGAUCCAGAAAGAUCGUCUAGUUGGUGACUUUUCUAAUGCAUUGGCUGCUUUCCAAAAGAUUCAAAGACAGGCUGCUCAGAAGGAAAAGGAAUUUGUAGCCAGAGUGCGUGCCAGCUCAAGAGUGUCUGGUGGUUUGCCAGAUGAUGGAGGCCUGCUGUCCUAUGAAAGUGAAAGUCAGCCCCAAGCACAGGUACAAGAUGAUGCUAUUAAGAAAGAAGACCUUAUGCUCAUCAAAGAAAGAGAAACUUCCAUAAGGCAACUAGAGUCUGAUAUUACAGAUAUCAAUGAAAUCUUCAAAGAUUUGGGAAUGAUGAUUCAUGAGCAAGGGGACACAAUUGACAGCAUAGAAGCCAAUGUAGAAAAUGCUGAAAUACAUGUGCAGUCAGCCGGCCAGCAGCUGUCCAGGGCUGCAGAUUAUCAGCGCAAAUCCCGCAAGAAGAUCUGUAUUCUGAUUGUGGUUCUCACAGCACUAGCUGUUGUAAUUGGACUAAUCAUCUGGGGUACUUUGAAAAACUAAAGAUGCUACCAAGAAGUGCAUUUCUAAAUAUUCUUAAGCUUAUGUCACAAGCAUGUUUUUACCAGUUUUUUCUUCUACUGUCAUCUGUCUAAAAACUCAAGUUUGCCAAAAGAGUAGCCAAAGCUUGUAACAAAAAAAACAAAAAUAUAUAUAAAUGAUGAAAAGUGCUCUUUGCAGUUGUAAUUUCUCUUUGUAUUUGUUUUUAAGGAUAAUAUAUUUUAUAACUUAAAAUCAUUUCUCAAGUACUUACAUUCCAUACGAUAGUGCUUGACUUGAAUUUGUAAUUUGUGUGUUAUUUGUGCCAUCACCUAGCUGAAUGUUGCCAAGAACAUACUGUAGACUACUAGAAUGUUUUAAAUAAUUCUCAACACUUUUAUUAUAUUAAUCAUAAUUGCACUAAUAAGAAUAGUACAUACACUUGCACCUAAUGUGCUGCUUUAUAGAAUGUAAUAUAUUCAUAACAUGUUUAAUGCUUUACAUUUUGUAAUAAGAACAUUUCUGUGAUUUGUAAAAUUGCUCUGUGGUUUAAAAUGUCAAUUGCUACAAUACAGAUCUGUAAGUUAAUUUUUGUUGUUUUGUCUGUCACAGUAACAAUGAACUAUUUGAGGUGUUUUUCUACACAUGCCUCUGGGAAAAACUAGGGAGCAAGUUCACCUAAAUCCUAAAUUAAUUAAUCAUACACCAAGGGUAGCUUUGAUAGAGUUAAUGAAGUAAUAAAUGAUAAGUAAUUAUGAAUGCCAGUGCACUGAUUCUGUGUGGCACAGAAUUUAACCAAUCUAGCCGAUUCUUGGCGAUUUUCCAUUUUCUUCUGUGUUGUCGUAUUCUCAUACUCACAGCUGUCUUUUCAUUGUCUUCAGAUAUUAUGCACCAUAACAAACCAUGUCCUUUAUAAAAGUGUAUUCCCUGGGUUUGGAUUAUGUGAAGAAAUAAAUCUUAUUUAAAGUAAA